CCCGGUCGUCGUUCGUUGCGUCUACACUCUGUUCCGUUGUCCUAAUCAUCAUCUGGGCCGACACACGAAUUUUUCCGACUUUAGACUUUGAUUAGGGCGGUGAUUGGUUAAACAAUAACCAUGCUGCGCCAAGGAACCAAUGUCCUAGUGUUAGCUGCUGCUCAGCAGCAGCAGACACAGCAACGUGGUAUGGCAACUUUAAAAGCUAUUUCCAUUCGUCUAAAGUCAGUCAAGAACAUACAGAAAAUCACUCAGUCCAUGAAGAUGGUUUCAGCAGCCAAGUACAACCGAGCUGAAAGAGACCUAAAGCAAGCUCGGCCGCUUGGUCAGGGAGCUAAAAUUUUUUAUGAUCAAGCUGAAGUUACUGCUCCUGAAGGAGAGCCCAAAAAGCUGUUGAUUGCUGUGACAAGUGAUCGAGGUCUUUGUGGGGCUGUGCACACUGGUGUUGCAAGAAACAUCCGCGAUCAAUUAUUGGCCAACCCUGCAGAUCGUGAAAAUACAAAAAUUGUAUGCAUAGGAGAAAAAUCACGUUCCAUUCUUCAGCGUAUGUUUGCAAAGAACUUGCUUUUCGUUGCUUCUGAGGUUGGUCGUAAGCCUCCUACAUUCAAUGAUGCUGCUAAAGUUGCCAUUGAAGUCAUGAACAGUGGAUACACAUACGGAUCAGGUCAAAUCAUCUUCAAUAGGUUCAGAUCAGUAGUAUCAUAUGUUAUUGAUAAAUUACCAUUAUUUGACAAGGGGGCAGUAGUUAGUGCACCAAAGUUAUCAAUCUAUGACUCUUUGGAUGAAGAGGUCAUUCAAAGCUAUUUGGAAUUCUCCUUAGCAUCUUUACUCUUCUAUGCAAUGAAAGAAGGAGCUUGCAGUGAGCAGUCCAGCAGAAUGACAGCUAUGGACAAUGCUAGCAAGAAUGCUGGAGAAAUGAUUGAUAAACUCACAUUAACCUUCAACCGUACUAGACAGGCUGUUAUCACUAGGGAGCUUAUUGAAAUUAUUUCUGGAGCUGCUGCAUUGGAUUAAGGAGUUUCUAGGAAAUUCCGAUAGAAUCAGGUCAUAGAAUGUAAAAUUUGUCACGUGGAAAAGAUUUUUUUGUGGCAAAAAUUCAAUAACUGGUAACAAACAAGAAUCACAACUUUCAUAAAGUAAGCAGCAGUGACAAAACAUAUUGUAAAUUUGAUUAAUCAUUAAAAAAAAAUUAAUAUUUGCAAAUCUUUUACUUCAUUGUAAGUUGAAGAUAUGGCUAUUAAUAAAUUGAAACACAUGUUAAA